AUGAAUAUUAUUCUAUGGUUUCACUUUCAAUUAUUUUUUACUUUUACAACAAUCUCUGCUUAUCAGUCAUCAGACUUUUUCCCAUUCUAUCCUGAAAAUGAUACAACUAAAUUUGUUGAGAACGAUGAUGGUCUUUCUAUUUUUAAUCAACACGAAGAACUUGCUAAUAAUAUUUAUGUUAAUCAUUCUAUUCACCGUCGACAAAUUCCAUUGAAUAUCAUUACAUCACAAAUGGCACGAGUACCACUAGUGCCAGCGUAUAUUGUUUUAGGUCCACGUGUCAUUCGACCUGCACAAUUAGUUGCAUUAAGUGUAACUAUUCUACGUGAUGAAUGGAAUCCAAUGAUGGUGAAAGCUUUAAUAUCCAAUGAUGAUAUGGAUGUUGCUGCAGCUGAAGAUUUAUUUUUUGUUGGUGUGCCUCGUACACUUGAAAUGCGUAUACCAAAUAAUGUUCGUAGUGGUACAUAUCGUUUAACACUUGAGGGAAAAUUAUUAACAGGUGAACUGAAAUUUUAUAAUGUUUCACAAUUAGUGUUUGAACAAAAAGCUGUAACAAUACUAAUUCAACUUGAUCGACCAGUUUAUCGUCAUGAAACAGUUGUACAAUUUCGUUGUAUACCUAUAUAUCCUGAUCUAAGUGGUUAUUAUCAUACAGUUGAUGUUUAUAUACAUGGUCCAUCUGGACAUAUUUUACGUAAAUGGGAAAAUCAACAAACAACAGCUGGCAUGAUAUCACUUGAAUAUCCAAUUAAUGAUGCACCACCAGAAGGUAUCUGGUCAAUAAAAUGUCGUGUGAUGGGCUAUGAAGCUGUAAAAACAUUUGAACUCUAUGAAUUUUAUGCAAGAAAAUUUGAAGUUAAUGUUACUGUUCCAUAUUAUUUACCAAUGGAUGCACCCGGUGUUGGUGGUAUUGUAACAGCAAAUUAUUCUACAGGCAUGGGUGUGUUGGGUUUUGCUCGAGUUUUUGUACGUGCACGUGAUAUGUCUGUUCCAUAUGAUCCACGCACAUAUCCAUUAAAAGAUGUUGAAUUCGAUCAAUCAGUACCAUCAUUUAUAACAACGAUUGAUAAUUUUAAUGGAGUUGCUGGUUUUUUUAUUCCUAUGGCUACCAUUCUUUCGCUUGUACCAGAUCUUGAUGGAAAAGAAAUUUUAAUUACAGCUCUUGUUCAUGAUCCAUGGUGGAAUGAAACCAAUAAUGGUACGACUGUUGUUUCUUUUUAUACACCAGGUGUACAUCUUCGGUUUCUUGGUGGCCCAUCAAUGGUCUAUAAACCUCGUAUGCUUUUUUCUACUUAUGUUGCUGCUGUUAAUUACGAUGGUACGAAAUUCGCUCCACGUCGUAAUGGAUAUAUUCGUAUAUAUACAGAAACUGAUCUUGGCAUAUAUCAAGAACCUGCCAAUUACAUACUGGAUUCAUCUGGCAUAAUUCGACAUUACUUUUUAGCACCAGGUGAUCUUGCUAUUACAUUUAUACGUCUUCGUGCUGAAUUAUAUGAUAAUGAUAUAAAAAUUGAUGGUGCUGAUGAUGAACAACGUGCUAUACGUUAUUUAUCUCCGUCAAAUAGUUAUCUACAAGUUACAUCUAGUACUGAAACCCCACGAGUAGGUGAUUACAUGCUAUUCCGUGUUAAUGCAACACAAUAUGUUGAUUUUGUUUCUUAUCAUAUAACAUCCGGUGGAAGAUUAAUUUUUACAAAUAUACUUCCCAUGGAUGGUGCAAAACAAAAAACAUUCGAUGUUGGUGUUAGUCGUGAAAUGGCACCAUCAGCUCAUAUUCUUGUUUAUUAUAUACGAUACGAUGGUGAAAUUGUAGCUGAUAGCAUGAAUUUUCAUGUGAAUACAUCAUCAGUUACCAAUCGUGUUAAUAUAACAGUCAACAGACGAAAAGAUUUUACAGGAAAUACAAUUGAAGUGUUAGCAUAUGCAUCACCACAAUCAUUUGUUGCAUUCGCUGGUCUUGGUCUUGUACAAACACGUUUAUUUCCACCAGGAAAUCAUUUUACUCCAGUUAUGAUUUAUGACGAAUUAUAUUCAUUUGAUAAAUAUUCAUCAACUAGUUUUCAACAUACAUGGUAUUCUGAAAUGAAUAUACCAUCCGAGAGAGUUUUCUUUCCAUCACAAUCCUAUGGCUAUGAUGCUGCUUCAACAUUUAAUUCGUCUGGCAUGCAAAUAUUUACUAAUGUUAAUGUUCAAGCUAUACAAACUGCAUGUAAUCAAUUCGGUUUAAUGCAAUGCACAGAUGGUUCAUGUUAUCCACCACCAUUACGAUGUAAUGGUAUUCUCGAUUGUCGAGAUGGUUCCGAUGAAGCUAAUUGUAAUAUAACAAGAACUCAAUAUAGUUUUACUCCAUUAUAUCGUCGUUUAUGGCCAUAUUGGGAACGUGAAUUACAACUUGAUUUUAUGUGGCAUCAACAAUUUGCUUAUCCAGAUGGUCGUGUACAAUUUCGUGCAACAGUACCAAAUGUAAUUGCAACAUGGGUUAUAACAGCAAUUGCUGUUAGUCGUUUAACAGGUUUUGGUGUUCUUGAUGUGCCAUGCAUUUAUGAAGGUACUCGACAAUUUUUUAUCAAAGUUGAAAUUCCACCUAUUGUUCGACUUGGUGAACAAAUUGGUGCACGUGUUGAUGUUUUUAAUUUUCAAACAUAUCGUAUUGAAGCAUUAAUUAUUUUACACGCCUCAGAUAAUUAUCGUUUUGUGAAUGUUGAUGAAAAUGGUGUUGUUACUGCCUAUGCACCAAGGUUAACUGAUGGACAACAUCAUGUUUUAGUUAUUUUAUAUCCAAAUGAAGUACGAAGAAUUUAUAUUCCUUUUGUACCAAUUGUUGCUGGUGAAAUAGAAGUCAUGAUUGAAGGUAUAACUGGUGUUUCACGUGAUUUCUAUCGUGAAAUCAUUAAAGUUAAUUAUGAAGGUAUACGUAAUUUUUAUCAUACACCAACUAUAUUAUCAUUGAAUAAUUUACCUCGACAAAUGAAUGAAUACGAUGUAACUGUACCUCAACAAUUUAUAGUUCCAUUGGAAAACUAUUGGAAUUAUAUACCAGGUUCGGGCACAUGUGAAAUAUUUGUUUCUGGUGAUGUAGCUGGACCAUUUUUCAUGUUGGGCUAUGAUGAAUGGUUAAAUACAGAUAAUUUAAUUCAACGUACAACUGCUCCAGCUGAUUCUGGAAUCUUUGAUUUUGGCAUGAUGAUUUAUAAUCUUCGUUAUAUGUUACAAGGUCAUGGUGGUCGUGCAUUUGAUCAAGAAAAAUUAAUGAAAGUUUUAACAUUUGCAAAUAUGGAAUAUCUUCGUUUUAUGGCAAUGUAUGUUGGUGAUAAUCCUGAUGAACCAUGGCGUAAAGGUUCGUUUAGUCAAUAUGGUUUUAAUAAUGAAUCAUCUGUUUUUUUAACAUCAUGGUCAUUAAUGACAUUACGUGAUGCUGUUUAUCCUGAAUGGGAAGAAAAAGCAUUAUAUAUUGAUCCAAAUCUACGUUCAGAUAUAGUAGGUUUUCUUUUAACUGUUCAGCAACAGAAUGGUUCGUGGGCUGAAUCGACAUCAUACGCAGAUCGAAAUAAAUUUGGUAUACGUUAUACAAAUAUCAGUGGUACAUAUCAACAAUUAAAUUUAUCCUUAACAGCUCAAGUUAUUAUUUCCUUACAAUUAAAUCUUGAUGUACGUGGCAUACCAGCAAAAUUUUUAACAGGUGCUAUUAAUCGAGGAAAAAUGUGGUUAGAAAAACAUUUUCGUUUAAUAACGGAUGCAUUUGAUAUGGCUAUUGUUACAUAUGCAUUACAUUUAACAAAUAGUGCUGAACAAGAUGCAGCUUUUGCAAUGGUGCAUUCAUUUAAAAAAAUGAAUGAGAAUGGUGUUUAUUAUGCAAAUUUUAAUCUACCUGGAAUGACUAAAACAUGGCCAAAUGUAAAUCCUCGAUAUGGUCCCAAGCCUGUACCAACAGAUUUUGAAUCACAUGCUGUUUCUGCUACAGCUUUUGUUGUGAUGACUCUGACACAGAAAGCUCGAGUUCGAGACGCUGAACAAGCAGUAUUAUGGAUGCAAUCAAUGCGUAAUUAUAUUGGUGGUUGGUCUGCAACUUAUGAUUCUUGUAUAGCACAGCGUGCUAUUGUUGGUUAUGCUGUCUUACGUGGUUUUGAAAUUAUUGCCUAUAAUAUUCGCAUAGAUUUAUCAUCAUCAGUAUCGGCUGACCAUGCUCAUGCUCCAAUUGUAAUUGUUGAUGAAAAUUUAAUAGAAACACAAGUUCGAGAUGUUGAAAAUGUUUUCGGUGUUGUUUAUCUUAAUGGAUUCGGUAAUGGCUAUGCACUUAUACAAAUGCAUGUUGGUGUUAAUGUUGAAUUUGAUGAAAAAGUUCGUCGUCCACAUUACGUACCUUUUUCAAUCGAUGUUCAACCGAUGCUAUCCGGUCGUAAUUUUUCAACAAUUGAUUAUAAUGUUUGUCUUGGUUGGCGCCCAGAAAAUGUUAAUGUACUCAAGGCAUCACGUAGUGGUUCAGUCAUGAUUGAAAUACAAAUUCCAACAGGUUAUCGUGUUGAAGAAAGAGAUUUAAAAGUGAUGAUACGUAGUUUAAGCACACGUAAUUUACGUGAAGCAGAAAAUUGGCCUGGACAAAUCAAUUUUGGUUUUGAUUAUGUGGAUUUUGAUCCAAUAUGUUUUGAAUUUCAAGCUAAACGUUGGAUACCUGUUGCUAAUAUAUCUCGUUACUAUGAAGUACGAGCCUAUGAAUGGUUUGAACCUGGUAACAUGAAUCGAAGCGUUUAUACAUUAAGAAAUUUAUUUGCAUUAGAUAUAUGCCAGGUUUGUGGUUCAUAUCAAUGUCCAUAUUGUCCAUAUUUUAGUCAUGCAACAUUAUUAGCUCAACCAACCAUUAUUAUUCUAUCUAUUUUAUGUUUAUUAUUAGGAUUCCAUGUUAUUAUUAUUAUCUAG